AUGGACACGGCUGCAUUCUCCAAACUCUUGCUUCUUCAGGCUGGAGAUCAUCUGCUGGACGGUGAUGCCUUGCUGGAGCCUGGUUGUCCCACCUUAGACCCUGGUUACUACAGUGCCUGUAGUAGCCUAUCGCCUGCCUCCUCCAUUGACUCCUGCUGCUUCUCUCCCCCUUGUUUCCAGUGGGGAGUUGUUCAGGAGAAGGAGGCUGCGAACCCUUUAAGCUGCAUCAGCCAAGCUGCCAAAAGACAGGGGAAAGAAGAACUCCCAGCUCAGGAGAAGAGACGGUCUAGGUCAAAGUUCCCUGGGAAGAAGCGGGAGAGCGCCAGCGAGAGGGAGAAGCUGAGGAUGAGAGACCUGACCAAAGCCCUCCACCACCUCAGGACCUACCUGCCCCCCUCUGUGGCUCCUCCUGAACAGACUCUGACCAAGAUCGAGACGCUGCGCCUCACCAUCAGCUACAUCUCCCACCUGUCUGCCCAGCUGGGACUCAGCGAGGAUACCCCAUGUCUGAAAAGAAAAAUGUAUUUCACACCAUGCCAGUACUCACAAGAUAUGCCACAAUGCCCCCAGGGCAGCUCCAUGUCUGGACAGGGGUGUCAAGAGAUACUGCAGGGCAACAUCCAGAGCAAUAAUCAAUACUGUCUGCCACUGGCCACAUCAUAUACCAACAACACAGAGCCACACAUGGAAACAGACUACCUAAUGCCAGAUGUCUCCUAUCAGGACAUGUCCAUAUAUCACAACCAAGUUUUCCAGUGA